UCUAGCCCCAGCACUGAAAUACUCACUGAAGAAUGUGAAAUUUUAGAGGGUGGCAAGACUUAAUGCAAAUGAACAUAGAGGAAAACUCGGCUGCACUGUGAUCCAACCAAUAGAAGCACAGCUCCAUCUUGGCUGUGCACUAGACUGCAUUACAAACAGACGAUACCAUCGCUUCAACAGCAUCCUUUCAGACCAGAGAUUCAAAAGAGCAACCCAAGACGUAGAAUCUCUCAGAAUGGCUUCCAGCCAAUGGAAUGAAACCACUACUUCUGUUUAUCAGUACCUUGGUUUUCAAGUACAAAAAAUUUACCCUUUUCAUGAUAACUGGAACACUGCCUGCUUUGUCAUCCUGCUUUUAUUUAUAUUCACCGUGGUAUCUUUGGUGGUACUAGCUUUCCUGUAUGAAGUGCUUGACUGCUGCUGCUGUGUAAAAAACAAAACUGUGAAAGACCUGAAAAGUGAACCUAACCCUCUUAGAAGUAUGAUGGACAACAUCAGAAAACGUGAUACUGAAGUGGUUUAGCCCGCUCUAGAACAGGAACAAAAUCUUUAAAAGCAGACUUCAGCCUCUUCUGAGAAAAAGGAAAAUUUCCUGAGGCCAACUGAUACUACAAAGCUGAUUCUGACUCCAAAUGAUUAAAAGAUUUCCAGUAGAAGAAAACACAAGUGAAAUACGCACUUUGUGUGGGUGUGUGUAUAUGUACCUUACAUUAAAUAUACAGUAAAACUUCAUAAAUGUGAAUUUACCAAUAUAUUUAAUGACACUUCAAAAACUGAAUAAAAUUCCUAGUUCUCAAUAUUGAGCAGCAAAAGGUAAACUGGAAAACAUAACCAAAGUUAUUAAUGCUAAAAUAAUGUAUAC